AUGUCCUCUUCCUCGGCAAGCCAAGUCGCCUCGGCGACGAUCCUCCAGGACAAUGAGACAUCGCCUAGUGGAGCAGAUGUGCAGAACCUUCUCCGUGCUAACAAUGCUUGUCAGCUGGUUCUUAAGAAGCUGCAAUACAUCGAGCUAUUGCAGACCCAAGUAAAGCAACUGGAGGCAAACCAGCGACACGUGUCGCCGUCCAGGUUCCAGAUCUCAAAUCGCAUAAUGCAGAAGGUUUAUUAUGACCACAAAGGUCAAAUUGGCUUCGAGUGGCAGCGUUCUUCCCCAUGCUUCGACGAGCCAGAAUGGAUUAAGGGUCAGGGCGACCAGCGUCAACUCCGGUCUAGCUUACUAGUUACUAAACUUGAACUAUACUUGGAGAAAAACAAGGACAUAGCGUUCAUUGUGUACCGGGAUUUCCACCCAGCACCACCAGAUAUGGCUGAUUCCGGCACUGCCCAUCGUCGCGCCAAAAGCUCUGGCGCUGGGCGGCCGAAGCCCCUCAGCGAGACCAUUCAACCUGUAGCUCAGGUGUUGACUGAAGCAAUCGAGGCUUUGCCGAGUUCGUGA